CCUGUGUCACCAUAAGUGCUUCUCUGAGGAAGUCACAGGAAGUCUCAGUGCCUAGAAGGAGAAGCCUCAGGAGGUUCUGGCUGGGAGCUCUGCCGCAAGCACUGGCCAUCAGCCACGACCCGCAGGCCCAGACUGGGACAGCUACCUGGAACAGGAAAAAAGCGAAUGAAAAUGUUCCUGGGUUUCCCUGAAGACCUGGGUGAUGACUGCCUUCUGUAUUGCCCUGGUGUGUCACCAAGGACCUAAGGGUGAAUGCUUCCUGUCCACACUCGGUCCCUGCAACCAUGUCAUCUCUCCCAACAUCAUCAACAUCAUGCCACUACACCUCAAAACCCAGGGGGCUCCCGCGGGCUUCGUUCCAAAGGACACCCUCACCCUGGGAGAAGAUGAUGGAUGCACUAACCCGAAGGAACACAGACCCCAGGAGGCUCUGAAGAUGGAAGCCACAAUCCUGGGGGUGGUCCAGAUUCUGUGUGGCCUGGCGGUCUCAGCCAUGGGCAUCAUCCUCGCGUCUGCUGCCUUCUCCUCCCGGCGCAGUCCGGUGGUCUCCAGCUCUGUGACAUCUGGGUUCCCACUGGCAGGAGGCCUGAGUUUUGCAAUAUCUGGCUCUCUCUCGAUUAUCUCUGGGAAAAAAUCAACCAAGCCCUUGGCCCAGAGCAGCCUGGUCUCUAGUGCAGUGAGCUCCGCUGCUGCCGGGGCAGGAGGCAUCCUGCUCACCUACAGCCUGGUGGCCUUGGGGACUGCCGCUCCAUCUCCGAGCCCCAAGCAGGACUGUCUGUCUUCAGUGCCUAAUGCAGAAUACUAUUACUCCAUCUACGAACUCAAGGACUGUCUCCUGGCUGACUUCAGCCUAACAGGCACACUCAUCGUGAUGCUUGCCUUCAUGGGGUUGGAGCUCCUCAUGGCUGCCUACACUUCGGUCUUCUGGUACAGACAGAUCUGCUCUGCCAAGCCUGGGGUGUACUUUGCUUGCUUCCCAUCACAAGAUUACAUCCAAGGUGUCAAGAAGUCUUCAAAGUCCUGGGUAUGAGUUAUACUUGGCCUGGAGAGAAAAGGAGAAACCCAGUGACUAGACUUCUCUAAACUUUAAGCUAUUUAAAACACGGAAAUAAACUUUGAAAAACAGAA